AGAGAGAGGCAGUCAGUCGGGCAGGGAGGGGAGUGGGGGAGCGCGCGCGGACGGGCACGGCAGGCUGCCUCUCAGACUUCUCAUCUCCAUCCAGUCAGAGUGAACUGCGGGGGCAGACCGAGCGGAUCUCUGCAGUCCUCGACAGCGGAAAGGAACCCACAAUAAGAUUUCCCCCCCCCCUUCUUUCUCGCCGAGCUUUUCCCCGCUUCGCUUGGUUUUCGCCUUCUCUGCUUUGGGAGUCGACCAGCGGAACUUUUCGGCCCUCUGGAGUUUCAGACAGUCUCAUUUUUAUUGUUUUUUUUUUAAAUGGACAGUCGGCGACCUGCUGCGGGCAGCGAUGUUCACUGAGCUGGACUAAAACUGUCAGAAACCGUUGUGGGAUCUUUGAAAGCUCCGUUCAGCUGGAGGUUUUGAUGACGCUCUUCUCGGUGCUCGUCAGCUCUGGGACGCCGUGGAUUUACCAGCUCGGGGGACGGAUCGAUACUUGUGAUUACCGUUCAGCGAGAAGGAUUUACGCUUCCAAAGUUGGAAGACAAACAUGGAGACUGUAAGUCGGCAGAGCUUCCAGCCUCACCCGGGACUGCAACAAACUCUGAAGCAGUUCCACCUCAGCGCCAUAAACUCCCUGGGCGGACCGGCGGCUUUCUCGGCUCGGUGGCAGCAUGAGCUCCUCUUCAAGAAGGACGGGAAAGAGCCCGAGCCAGUCCUGCAGCAUCUGCCGCCGCCCGUGAUGCCGGGCCCGCUGUUCAUCCCGUCCGACCGCUCCACUGAGAGGUGCGAGACGGUGCUGGAGGGGGAGACCAUCUCGUGCUUCGUGGUCGGCGGGGAGAAACGCCUGUGCUUGCCGCAGAUCCUCAACACGGUGCUCCGGGACUUCUCCCUGCAGCAGAUCAACUCGGUGUGCGACGAGCUGCACAUCUACUGCUCCCGCUGCACGGCGGACCAGCUGGAGAUCCUCAAAGUCAUGGGCAUCCUGCCCUUCUCCGCGCCGUCCUGCGGCCUCAUCACCAAGACGGACGCCGAGCGGCUCUGCAACGCCCUGAUCUAUGGAGGAGCGUACCCUCCGCGAUGCAAGAAGGACCCGGGCUCCGGCUCCCUGGAGCUGCAGCUCACCGACCGAAGCUUCAAGAUCUACCACGAGUGUUUCGGCAAGUGCAAGGGCUUGUUCGUGCCGGAGCUGUACAGCAGCCCCAACGCAGCGUGCAUCCAGUGCAUGGACUGCAGACUCAUGUACCCGACCCACAAGUUCGUGGUGCACAGCCACAAAGCGCAGGAGAACAGGACUUGCCACUGGGGCUUCGACUCGGCGAACUGGAGGGCGUACAUCCUCCUGGGUCAGGAUUACACGGGCAAAGAGGAGAAGGCGCGACUGGAGCUGCUGCUGGACGAGAUCAAAGAGAAAUUUGACUUCGCCAACAAGUACAAGAGGAAAGCAUCAUCCAGGGUGUCUGAUGGCAUCCCUGUGAAAAAGUCCAAACUGGAGGACGUCCCAUCACAGUCUCCGCUUGGUGACAAAGAGAAGCAGCAUGACUGGCUGCAGUCUCUGUCUGCCUCAAACAAGGGGAUGAAUUGCCUGCAGCCCAGACAGAGACCUUCAGCUUUCAGACCAUGGUCUCCUCACAUCUCUGCUGGGGAGAAGGAGCCGCAACCCCACCCUCUGGCUCUGCUGAGAGACAGCUUCUACAACUACAAAAGCCUCGAGAAUGCUGUGGCCCCCAACGUGGCCCUCACGCCACUCCCUCUGGGGAAGGCGGGGCCCACAUCCCCAUCUGCCACCAACACGUCCCAGCCUUCAGAAGAGGGUGCCAGUCACAGCUCCAGACCUCGUAAGAGAAGAGCUAUGGAGGAGCUGCCAGCUCUGGCUCCAGAGGGCCCCUGUCCCCUGCCUGCGGCCGCCUGCCGGCCCCCGCCGCAGGAUGACAAGGACUCUGAGGUGGAGGUGGAGGUGGAGAGCCUUGAUGACUUCACGUCCUCCAUGUCCUCCCUGUCCUCACCGUCCUUCACCUCAUCCAGCAGCUCAGCUAAGGACUUGAGCUCACCGGGGGCCCAGGGGCCGGUCUGCACCGUCACGUCGGCAGAAUGCUCCUUCCCCGCUGCUGCAGCCCCCGCUGUGACCGUGGCACCUUCGGAGCUGGGGCUGGAGUCAGAGCUGGAAAGCCUCAGGCAGGCGCUGGACGGUGGGCUGGACUCCAAGGAGUCAAAGGAGAAGUUCCUGCAUGAGAUCGUAAAGAUGAGAGUGAAGCAGGAGGAGAAGCUGGGCUCAGCCCUGCAGGCCAAGCGGAGCCUCCAGCAGGAGUUGGAAUUCCUGCGGGUGGCGAAGAAGGAGAAGCUCCGAGAAGCGACCGAGGCCAAGCGCAGCCUGAGGAAGGAAAUUGAGCGUCUGCGAGCCGAGAGCGAGAAGAAGAUGAAGGAGGCGAACGAGUCGCGCAUUCGUCUGAAGAGGGAGCUGGAGCAGGCGCGGCAGCUGAGGGUCUGCGAUAAAGGCUGCGAGGCCGGCCGUCUACGCGCCAAAUACUCUGCACAGAUCGAGGACCUCCAGAUGAAGCUGCAGCACGCCGAGGCUGACCGCGAGCAGCUCAGAGCCGACCUGCUGCAGGAGCGGGAGGCCAGGGAGCACCUGGAGAGAGUGGUAAAGGAGCUCCAACAGCAGCUCUGGCCCACACCUGGCUGCAAAGAAGCGUCCCCUAACAAGUAAACCCGAGAAAAGCCUCGGCACUCAAUCAUUCCCCUUCAUUGCUCUCAUCCCAUACGACACAGCCUGCUGCUCCAGUAGCUCUGGGCCGACCCACCGUCACAGACACCUGAACAAAAAUCGUCCAGAAGAAAGAAAAAAAGUUCCCAUCAGAGGAAACACGCAGGUGUUUUCUGAUCCAGACCCAUGAAGGGUGAAGGGAGAUCAGAAGCAGCCAGGGGACACGCGUUUCUAAAUCCAGCACCGACUGACUCACCGUUCACACUCAGACCUGCAAACCGGAGUUCACCAAGCGCAGCUGCGCCCACCAGGAAACGAAACAAGACUCUCACUCCGCUCUAACAAACUGCUGGAAGGCCGUCAUUACAUCACAGCUGCAGCGAGGGGCCGCAGCCCAGAGGGCCGGGCCGGAUCUCCCAAAUAAAAGGCUUCCAGCGUCGGCUCAUGGCUGGAAGCAGGCUGAGGCUUUUCAAGACAUUAUAAGCUAUCUAAAGACUAAUAGCGGCAUGUACAGGAAAAAAAAAUGCUUUUGUCAGUGCUGGUGGAGUGGAAGCAGAGACAGUACAAAUGAAUAUGACGGACAAUAAAUAUAAAAGAUGCAAACUCCACCACGGUGUGGCUGUUCAGGAGGUUUCCUGUCAUUCAGCUGCGGAUCCAUUGAGGCACAGUUAAAGGCACCUUCUCUGUAUUCACUGAGCACUUGUUGUUGGACAGUCUCACACACAUCCAUGCUGGUUGCCAUAGUUUCACUUUGAUUUUUUAUCUUUUUUUUUCUUUCUUUUUCCCUCCAGUGUGCGAGUGGCCUUGUGUUCUCGUAACGUUUGAAUGAGAGACGGCUUCGUCAUCCGGGAGCCUUUCAGUGGGCUCUCAUCACUUACCACAAAAAUGUCUGAUUGUUAAGGUGUGUAAAUAAAAAAAAAAUAAAAGGUUCUUUUUGUUUUGUACUUCACAGUGAUAAGUCGCACUUUUGUCAAAACUUUAAAAAAAAAACAAAGUUCAAAUCCAGUUUCAUUGCGUUUUACUGCCGCCGUUGUCAUCCAGUGGCCUCAGAAUCAAGCGAGCGUUUUGUGAGGAAGAGCUGCUGCAGUUUCCAGCAGCUGAUUGUAAAUAGACAGGAAAAUGUUCAGCAGGCAGGACGUUUCAGGAAGUUUGGAGCAGCUCAGAUCUCUGCGGGCUGGACUGUUACAGCUGCACGAACAAACAAACAAACAAACAAACAGUAAACUCUUGGAUGUUGUUUUUGUAUGUGGAGAUACUUUUACUGCUUGUCUGUUGUGUUCACAAUUAGUUUUCGGUAGGAAUCUCAUCUUCUUUAUGCAUGAGAGACGAAAAAAGUUUGCCAUUCAUAUAGUCACUUAUUGGGCAUUGAUACUGUACAUUUAAGGGUUUUUAUUGUGUUAUGCAACAUAAAGCAACUUGUCUUAUUUAGCAGGAAAAGCAUUGGUGUUAAAUAAAAGCCAAAUGCCAUUUUUAGAUCAAUUUACAUUUACAAAAAAAAUAAAAAAAAUACAAACAUUAAAAGGAAAACAAAAAAUGAGUGCAAUGCUGGACAACCUCAAGUGCCUGAGAGAUGGGCGAAAGGUUUCCAGAGUCAGAAACCUGGCGGUGGCGCUGCCGUCGAGUUCCCAUUCGCAGGUUCCGAAACGAAGAGGCCCUUCUGUGCUCUGCAGCGCUUUAAUCAGUGUUUCCUUGAAUCAGCAGUUUACAGAACUCUGCGCUGUGCAGAAAACUUAACAGAUGCUUCAAAUGUUUUUUUUUGUUGUUUUUUUUCUGAUGUCUAAACCAGUGAUAUGCAUGCCCUCAGAGGAGAUUUUAUAAACGAUCCUGUAAAAAAAAUAGAAAAAAAAAACUUGGUAAAUUGUUACUAUAAAUUGUACAUAAGGACUUUUACAGUUGGGUUUGCUGAUGCAAGUGUUGGAACGGGCCUUUUCUGAUCCUGCAUUACAGAUGUUCCCUGAUGUUGCCUCCCUCCAGCAGACCUGUAUUGGUACAUUUUUCUAGUAGUUUUUACUCUUCAGAGCUCAUAUCCUCUGUGUUCUGGUUUUCUAUGUCGGAGGGAAGCGCUAACAUUGGCCUGUUUGCUCUCCCGUGCAAAGCAAAGGAAAAAGAAAAAGAAGAAGAAGCAAUUUAAUGAUGUCUUGUUUUCUAAAGGAGAAUCAUUUUUUUUCUAAGUGAUGGGCAGCAAAGCAGCAAUAACAGUCCGUAUUAAUAGGCCAAAUACUAGCCAGUGUGAAGAUUUGAAUACAAAUUUACACGUGUAAAUAUGUUUUUCAUUUACGAUACUGUAUUAUAAAUGUAGAUGGUGUUUCCAUAUCUUUUCUUACAGCAGCUGUUUAUUUUUCUUUCCCUUUUUUUUAUUUUUAUUGUUUUUACGUUUGUGUUUUAAUGAAAAUGUUUCAGGAACAUUUGCAGAGAAUAUUACCUUCAUAAACAUUUUAUCCUUUUUUUGUUGUUGUUUUUUUUCCUUUUUUGUACUAAAUAGUUUUUACUGAAUUAUCGUUUUUUUCAUUUCUUCAUAUAGGUUUUAAGUAAAAUGUCAGCAUCGUAUAGCCGGCCCACAUGACUUCCUCUCCCCUCACCCUCAUGUAUUAUUUUUAGCCCUGUGCUGCUGCUGAUACUAUAUACAGUUCUAGAAAUAUUUUUAUGUAAGAGGCAAGCUUUGUCAUGUAUUAAUGCCACAUAUAUAAUAUGAAAAGAAGCUUGGCUUAUUCAUCUACGUCCGUUUUUUUUUUUCCCCGUGUUUUGACACCUUUCCCCUUCCCUUCUCUAACGACUCAGACUAUAUUGUAAAGGACUUUAUGAGAUUAUGUUUGAAAAUAGCCAUGCUUAUAUACUACAGUGACUGAAUGUACAGUGUAUAGAUGCAUUACCAGAAAUAAAGAUGUUUGUCCAGA